AACCGAAUGAGAGGAUCCCUACGUUUUGCUAUUUUUUAAUUGUCGCCCACCAUUUGUUUGUAAAAAAUUCCAAUAGAAAAAUAAUUUUUUCUAGCUUUUCAAGUAUGAUCUCAGUAUAGAGGAAGUUUCCUUGUUAGGUUUGAAUUCAGGUUGGCAUCUGCAAAGUAUUCUCUUCUGCCUUUGCUUGUAUUGGUGCAGUUUUGGGUUUUUCUUCGGUGCAGUUGUCAUCUAAAUUCUAGUUAUUUUGGUAGUCCUUUUCUAAUUGAUUGGAGAGUGAGACCCUGCAAAUUUCGCUUUCUUGGUGGGGCAGUUCUUGCCGGAAAUUGCGGUUUAUGACUGGAGUUUGUGGUAAUUGAUAUUGUUUCCAUAGCUAGUUUAGAGAAUUCUUGUAUAAAACUUGUGGUUUUGAGAGUUGGUUAUGCUAGGCAGUGUGGCUUAGUUGUUUGCUAGGGUGGUCUUUCGUUUACUGCUUUUGGGAAAGGGUGGAUAAUUGGAUACUAUGGUCAAGGAUGGAAACAAAGAGAGUUCAGUAGAUGAUUCUUUUUUAAAACCAGGAAGUAGUCAGCAAAAUUUGAAUUCAUUUCAUUCUCAGACGGUUCAGAGGAGUGAAGGCGAAAAGAGUGUCAUGGAGAUGGAGGGAAGGGGCUACUCGGACUUCUAUAGGAACACGAGUGAGGAGUUGUUUCUGAAAUCCUUGAUGGAGAGCUCAAUUGGAAUGCCAAUUCCAACCAUGGAGAUGUUGGGAUUUAAGAAUCUCAGUCAGAGCUUUCGUACAGAUAGUGAGGAACUCUUCAAAAGCUGGCUAACAAAUGGAGAGAACCAUGUGUAUAAUGCAACAAGCAUAGCACAUCGCACCCGACAAGCAUCACGAAGGAUUUCCACUGAACUAGCUGGCUUGUCUAGUCAGCAACAUGGGGGUAUACUUCAAAAUAAAAGGAGCAAUGAUAUCUUAUUCCCACAAAACAUUUCUGUUGUGGAUGAUCUCUCAAGUGAUGUUAAUCAACAUUCAGUCAGGAAUGCUGCAGAAAGAGGAUUACAGGCUAGUAAUUUAUAUUUAGCCAAGGCAUGGUUUCACAGUUCUCAACCCAUGACAAGAAGCCGAUCCUCUGAAUUGAGGAGGAGAUAUGCUGCCAUGCAAAGCACUCAAUCAUCACUUGGCAUGGAAGCCAUGAAUAAUGCAUCCGAAGAUGGAAUGAACACAAUGAAACAAGAAUUCACAAACCCAAAUGGUUUUGGUGAUGUUUCAAUGUGUGAGAUGCCCAAUCAGUUGACCACUUUUAUGUCCCCAUCUAAUUCAUCCUCAUCUACUUUCAACACCCCACAAAUGGGUAAUGUGGACAAAGUUUCUUCUGUUGUUAGCAUGCUAAAGGGAACUCUAGAGCGCAAGAAACUCAGUAACCAGAUUGAGAAAGAAGCUGUUGAAGAUAGCUCUAUUGGUUACUAUGGUGCUCCAGAAGUUGUAGUGAAUGCCACUUUGGGUCAAGGACAAGGGAAUAGUAUUCCCAAGUCAUCAGGAACCUUUCAAGAAGUAUCCCCUGUCCAAGUUAAGGAUCAUGGGGAUUUUCAAAUAAUUGAAGGAUCCAUGGAUCUUGACCUAGAGGGUUUUGUUGCCCCAUUGAACCCAAUGCAAAUGAGUACAGUUUCUCAAGAACCUUCGCAAAGUGAAUCUUCUGCUGCUGCACCAGUAAUCUCAGCUGGUUUUGAUGCAUGUGAUGGUCCCAGCAAUUCAGGUCAAACUCUAAGUGUUUGUGAGAGCUCCAGGAAACAGGUUGGAAAUGGGAGGAAUUCAGAAAAUGACUCCAGAGCAAAAGAAAUCAGACAACGGAUAUUUGAAAGCAAUUUGAAAGAUGAGAGAAAGAAAGGAAGUCUUAUUCGGUAUGGAUCUGUGACAUCAUCUGAUUCAGUUGACAAGGGAGACCCCACAAAGAAGCGUAGGGUGGAGCGAUCACGGAAAAUGGCAGAGGCAAAGGAAAGAAAUCUGACACCAGCAAUGCCAUCUGAUAUGCAAUCCAUCUUGAAGCGCUGUGAAACUCUUGAGAAGGAAGUGCGGUCACUCAAACUUAACUUGUCUUUCAUGAAUAGGAAGGAUUCUGAGCAGACAAAGCAAAUAGAAGAGCUUCAGAAGCAGAACGACGAGUUGGGGGAUGAAAAGGAGCGCCUCCUAGAGGAGAUCGAAAGAAUCAUUGCAGAAACAGGAAAAAUGUAAAACUCGGUUCAAUUGUUCUACUCUCAUACUCUUAUCCCCCUUGGGUGCUAGCACAGUUACACAUAGCUUAUACUGGCUUAAGCUGCUAAAAUUUGGCAACAGCCCCAAAAUGCCAGAAGAUCCAUUUCAGGUACCAAAAGAAAAUCCAACCCCAAGUUUAAAAAGUAAAACAUUGCAUUACCAGAGUGUAGGUGGGGUGGGUUGUUUACUAAAUGUGUAUGAAUUUAAUGGAAGUUCUGUAUUCUAUAGUUUGGUUACUACCAUUUGUAUACCAUUGCUGUGAGUGAAUCCCAGUUCCUUUAAACUUCAGAAAGGUUGGGCUUGGGAGCAAUGUCACUGAACCAUUUUGGGUUAGUACUAAUACAAAUAUGUUGUUACUUGAGAUGCUUGCUUCUACUGUCUUCAA